AUGUCGACAACCACUAAAACUUACUCCAAGUUUAUUCCAAAUGCACCAGAAGAUAACCGACCCAUUGAAGUCAGAAGUAAUCUUGAGUAUGGAAAACAACUGUCGAGAGAUUACUUGUAUGUUUCAAGACACCCUGUUGGAGAGCCUUUACCAAUCCCAAUUGAUGACGAUCCUCCAUACGUCAUUUACCUAUUAACUUACUUGAACUACCUCAUAUUAAUUAUAAUUGGACAUAUUAGAGACUUUUUCGGAAAGAUUUUUAAACCGCAAGAAUACGAACAUUUAGUUGAAAAGGAUGGAUACGCGCCAUGGUACGAUGGAUUUGAGAGUUUUUACGUGCGUAGGUUGAAGACAAGAAUCGACGAUUGUUUCGCAAGACCUAUUUACGGAGCACCAGGCAGAUACAUCAAAUGCUUCAACAGAAUUAGAGAUGGAAAAACCGGUUAUUUGUACGAUGGUACCUCGAAGGAAUGUCUCAACUUGUCCUCAUACAAUUACCUUGGAUUUGCCCAAUCUAGUGGUGUUUGUACUGACUUUGCCUUGAAAUGUGUUGACGAAUAUAGCACCUCAGGAUGUUCUCCAAGGUCAUAUUGUGGUACUACCGACUUGCACCGUGAAUGUGAACGAGUUAUUGCUGACUUUGUUGGAAAAGAGGAUGCCAUUAUUGUGAGUCAAGGGUACGGAACUAAUGCAACAUUUUUUGCGUCUGUCGCCGACUCAAAGACUUUGAUUAUUUCAGAUGAAUUGAACCAUGCAUCAAUUAGAUUUGGUAUUAGAUUAUCGGGGGCUAUUGUUAAGGUCUACAAGCACAAUGAUAUCAAGGACUUGGAGCAAGUAAUUCGUAACCAAAUUGCACAAGGACAGCCAAAGACUCACAGGCCCUGGAAAAAAAUCAUAAUCGCAGUAGAGGGUUUAUACUCUAUGGAGGGUAACAUGUGUAAUUUGCCUGACAUCAUCGACCUCAAAGAGAAAUACAACUGCUAUUUAUUUGUUGAUGAAGCUCACUCGAUUGGCGCAUUAGGCCCAGAGGGAAGAGGAAUCUGUGACUACUUUUCAGUAGACCCUGCUAGAGUUGACAUCUUGAUGGGUACUUUAACCAAGUCAUUUGGUGCUACGGGAGGUUAUAUAGCUGGUGACAAAGUAUUGAUUGAUAGAAUGAAAUUGGACUAUGAAACCAACUCAUAUAGUGAAUCCGUCCCACCACCAGUUUUGGGACAAAUAAUUUCUUCAUUAAACGUCAUUAGUGGUAAUCUUAACCCCGGAGAAGGGCAAGAGAGAUUACAGAGAAUUGCAUUCAACUCACGGUACUUGAGAUUGGGGUUGAAAAAAUUGGGAUAUAUUGUAUAUGGUGCUGACGACUCGCCAGUUAUUCCAGUUUUGCUAUUCUUACCUCCCAAAAUGCCGGCUGUUUCGAGAAUGUUGUACGACUUGGGCAUUGCUGUGGUCGUUGUGAGUUACCCUGCCACUCCCUUGGUUAGUGCCAGAGCUAGGUUAUGCGUUUCUUCGGCAUUAACGAAAGAAGAUUUGGAUUACGUGCUCACCAAGUUCAACCAAAUUGGGGACUUGAUAUAUUUGAAGUUCAGUAGUGGUAUAGCUGGUGGUUCCAAAGUUCCUGGACAGCCCCCACGUUGGUCCAUCGAGGAAGUGUUGGCAACUAAUGUUGAGGAUAGUAAAAAACCGAAAUUACUAUAA